AUGGUCAGACAACAGAAAGUUGUGCCCCCUCAAGCUCCCCAACCAAAACCGUUCCUGAUUUAUCACGACUCCUUCCUGUCACUCCUCGGUCCCAACCCAACGCUUCAGCUCCUAAUUGAUGACCCACGUGGUCCUUACUUCCAUGAAGCUGGGGUCUUCCAUCCCCCGACCAACACCUUGUUCGUUACUUCCAAUCAACUCGAAGAUCCCUCCCCUGAUGCUGUCACAACCCGCAACAAAACCAUUGUCGUUACGAAAAUCGAAUUCUUCUCUCCCACAGACUUCACUCGCGACAAAGUUCGCUGCCCGGAGCGCAAUUACAUGGCCAAUGGCGGCACCAAUUAUCGCGAUGGCCUCAUCCUGUGCGCGCAAGGCUCUCUUCGUGAACCUUCCGGCCUCAUCUACAUGGAAGCUAAGCGACCUCAUAAAACGAUCACUUUGUUGAACAAUUACCACUCUCGCCCUUUCAAUUCCCCAAAUGACGUCAUUGUUCACUCUGAUGGUUCCAUUUGGUUCACAGAUCCAAUCUACGGUUACGAGCAAGGGUUUCGCCCAAAACCGCAGCUUCCGCAGCAGGUCUACCGGUUCGAUCCGUCCACGGGCGACAUCCGUGUCGUGGCGGAUGGCUUCGGCAGACCGAACGGGCUGUGCUUCGCUCCAGAUGAGAACACGAUCUACAUCACAGAUACAGAUUACAUUCAUGGCGACGGCACGACUGAUUAUCGCCGUGCAGCAACUGUUUACGCAUACACGGUCCACUGGGAGCACUCUGCGCCAUUCCUCACGAACAAGCGCGUUUUCGCUUACGCAGAUACCGGUGCGCCGGAUGGCAUCAAGUGCGACAUCUUCGGUAAUGUGUACUCAGGCUGUGGCGACGGUAUCAAUAUCUGGAGCGGCGGUGGGAUGUUGAUCGGCAAGAUACAGAUCGAGGGCGGCUGUGCAAAUUUCUGUUUUGGCAGGAAUGGCGAGAUUUGGUGUUUUGGAGAGCACAAGCUGUGGAGGGUUCAGCUGGGGACGGAGACAAGAGGCGCAUUGCUAGGAAUUUGA